CAAGGUCAUGUCAAUAAAUGAUCAUCAAUUGAACCUGUAUCAAUUACCUAUAACAAAUAGGUGCAAUCUGCAAGAGGCAGAAACACUAUUCGCAGUAUUGACAAUAUUUCUGAUCCGACUAUCACAUGGCACACCGUUGAAUUCAUUUAUGAAUUGAAAGCUGGGUAUAAAAUUAGCCUCCACUAUUUGUAAUCGGGACAUGAAUAAGACAAGACCUUGAAACCUUACGGAACACAGGAUAUAAUCAGGCUAUCAUUGACAUAAUUAAAAUUUAAAUAAUAAGUAAAUGGGAAUAGUGCCAUUUCGUGAGACAAUAUUAACACGUAGCUCUGUUGGUAAUACAUGAUACAAUAUCUACGCAUCUCGGCAAGGUCUAUGCUGUGUGAGGGUCUUUCAAGACUACCCCCAAGUCCUAUUCAGAAGACAGAGGAGAGCAACAACAACAAUUCCUCCAGGGAAUCCAGUAGCGAACGCGUGAACAGUCCCUCAGUGACACAGUCUACCUUCAGUUCGAGAACAGAAUCGUCUCGGUCCUUAUCCUCUCCGUCAGACCAGAGGCGAACCGAUCAUGAGAAUCAUACGAGCUCGAAAGACGAUCAUAAACGAGGAGACCGAAGCGAACGUAGCAGUCGUCACGUGUCUGACAAAGGAGGUCGCCGUUCCUCAUACGACGACCACCGAAAACAACGUGACAGCAGUUCUAAAGAUAGCAGGGAUUCGAAAAAAAGUCGGGACGACGAUAAAAAAUCACGAGACGAUGACAAACGAAAAUCGGUCGGGUCGUCCAAAGAGGUCGAGAAGAGCGAUGACAGAGAGAGAGGCGACAAGGAUCAUCAUAGGGACGACAGGAGGGAUCGCAAUCGCGAGAGGAACCGACGCAGGGACCGCGACAGGGAAAGGGAUCGCCGGCAUUCCAGAGACGACCGGUCGAAGGAUCGACACCGAGACGAACGUUCCAGUUACCACAAGGAGAAGGAUCGUGCGCGGUCGAGGUCGCGAUCGAGGGAUCGCGCACCACCGCCAUUCAGGACAAUGAGCUACCGGGAGGAGAAGGGACGGAAUAAACUGGCGCAAUUGGAGAAAUUGGGGAUAGAAUUGAAGCCACCCGAGGGCGAUGCUAUAAUACCGGGUGUGCAAAGUGAACAGAGCUAUUACAAUCCGCUGGCAACGGCAACGGAGGGCAAGUACGCGCAACAGAUUCAGAAGAGGAAAUUAUUAUGGAACAAGUCAAAAGACGACGGUAAUAGCACUUCAACUGCAGCUUCCACUGCCAAUACGUGGAUGGGUACAACUUUCACGCAUGAUCAAGAUGGAAAGGUAACUGCGAAAUUCAAGCGUUUGAUGGGUAUAAAGGGCGAUUUACCCAAUGCUUCGGCAGUAGGAACUAAACCGGACAUUUUGAAGAAACAGGAGGAGAUGUUCAAUAAUAUGGAACAACAAUAUGAAGUAGCACGUGCUACGACCCAUACUCAACGCGGUGUUGGGCUAGGCUAUGCUACUGGCGGCUAUCAAUUUCCACGAUAAGAUAGAGUCGAAUCUUCACUUCGCCGCACGCUUUCAUUUAAUACCGAUAGACAAAUGUACGACAUGUAGUUCUGUUUAACGUUCGGCGAACGAUCUAGUAGAAUAUUUCAACUGAUAAUAUAAGUUUUAUUUCUAAGCCUUUCAUUCAAAUCGCCUCAACUUGAUAGUGGAUUAUAGUUAAUUUAGUUUUCAAAGUUCACCAUGAUGUGUAUUUUUGUUGUAAGCACUGAAAAUAAAUUUAUUAAG